GCGAGAACGCGCCGCACAGACUGUGAUGAAAGCCAGAGAGCGAGAGAGAGAGAGAGAGAGACGGAGGGAGGAGAGGAUGCGAGCAGGUGGAGCGCCUCUCUGCUGAUGCGCGGAUCCACGGACACGUUGUUCCUUCAUUUAACUCCGAAAAACCUCCGGGCUCUUCUGAAGGCUCUGAAAACUAAGCAGGUGCCAAUAUGGGGAACGGUUCAAUGAAAUCAAAGCGCUACAAACACACUGACGGCUGUGCGCACAAAGAUCACGGCGGUGGGUUCAAAAACUCGACCCUGGAUUUCCUGAGGGCCCGGGUGGAGGAGCUGGAGCGAGAGGGCAAGAGGAAGGAUGAGGAGCUUUGUGUCAAAGAGCAGCAGAUCAAAGGUCUCCAGGAGCAGCUGGCCAAACACACACGAGUGCUGGCCGAGAUGAGCGAGGAGCUGCAGAGUAAGUGCAUCCAGCUCAACAAACUGCAGGACGUGAUGAAGAGCGGAGCAUCGGCGGGUCUUGCUUCGAGGCCUCCUUCAGUCAAAGCCAGCAGCAGGGGCAGCCCCAACCUCAGCAUUCGCAUCAAGGAAACCCUGAACAGAAGGAAAGGCGCCAAAGCCGGGGUAUCUGCCGAACCCACAUCAAGAACCUACGACUCCAGCGGUCUGCCAAAGUUCUCCUUUGAGAAGGCUCGGGUACCAAAGGAUGCAAGUGUAAAGAAGCUGCUGACAGAUGCCCUCAACAAGAACCAAUACCUGAAGAGGCUGGAGCUGCAGCAGAUCAAAGACAUGGUGGAGUGCAUGUAUGAGCACACUUACCAGCAGGGAGAGUACGUCAUCAAGCAGGGAGAGCCUGGGAACCAUCUGUUUGUCCUGGCAGAUGGGAAGCUGGAUGUGUUUCAGCAUAACAAACUGAUCACAUCGAUAACGGUGUGGACUGCGUUUGGGGAGUUAGCCAUUCUGUACAACUGCACGCGGACCGCAUCAGUGCGAGCUGUGAACAAAGUGAGGACGUGGGUUUUGGAUCGGGAAGUUUUCCAGAACAUUAUGAGGAGGACGGCCGAGACACGACACGAACAGUAUCGCAACUUCCUCAGAAGUGUUUCACUUUUGGCUAAUCUACCAGACGACAAGCUAAGCAAAAUAGUGGACUGCCUGGAGGUGGAAUACUAUGACAAAGGCGAGUACGUCAUCCGAGAGGGAGAGGAGGGCAGCACCUUUUACAUCAUCGCACAAGGAAAGGUGAAAGUGACCCAGACCACCGAGGCCCACAAGCUGCCACAGAUCAUCAACACGCUGCAGAAGGGAGACUACUUUGGAGAAAAAGCACUUAUAAGUGACGACGUCAGGUCUGCCAAUAUCAUUGCUGAUGAGAACGGGGUGGAGUGCCUCGUCAUCGACAGAGAGACAUUUGAUCAGACGGUGGGCACCUUCAAUGAGCUGCAGAAGUACCUCCAAGGGUACGUGGCAACACUCGAUCGCGACGACAAGAAGAGACAUGCCAAGAGGUCUGUGUCACGCCACCAAAGUCAGCCUCUGUCUCCUGACGUCAUCCAGCUGAAGGAACUGGUUUCUGAAUUCUCUUCAUCCAGGCCCUUUGAUCACCUGGAGGUCAUUGCUACCCUUGGGGUCGGCGGGUUUGGACGAGUAGAACUGGUGAAGGUGAAGACUGAGGAUGUCACCUUUGCACUCAAGGUCAUCAAAAAGAAGCAUGUGGUGGACAACAGGCAGGAAGAACACAUCCACUCAGAGAGGAGGAUCCUCGCAGAGGCUCGCUCGCCUUUCGUAGUCAAACUGUAUCGCACAUUCAAGGAUAACAAAUAUGUGUACAUGCUGCUGGAGGCCUGUCUGGGUGGAGAGGUCUGGAGUCUGCUCAGGGACAGGGGCAGCUUUGAUGAAUCUGCUGCUAAAUUCUGCGUGGGCUGUGUCACGGAGGCUUUCGAGUACCUCCACCGGAAAGGUGUCCUCUACAGAGACCUGAAGCCCGAGAACCUCAUUCUGGAUUCUGAAGGAUACAUCAAACUGGUCGACUUUGGCUUUGCCAAGAAGAUCAGAUGUGGCCAGAAGACUUGGACCUUCUGUGGCACUCCAGAGUAUGUGGCACCAGAGAUCAUCCUCAACAAAGGCCACAACUUCAGUGUGGAUUUUUGGUCUUUGGGCAUCCUGGUGUUUGAGCUUCUUACCGGCAGUCCUCCGUUCUCAGGAAUUGACCAGAUGAUGACGUACACUUUCAUCUUGAGAGGCAUUGAGAAGAUGGACUUCCCGAAGAAGAUAACAAAGAGACCGGAGGACCUCAUACGCAAGCUAUGCAGGCGGAACCCCUCAGAGCGACUGGGCAAUCUCAAAAAUGGAAUAACUGAUAUUAAGAAGCACAGGUGGUUUAAUGGCUUCAACUGGGAGGGGCUGAAGGCAAGGACGUUACCAUCGCCACUGAAAAGAGAACUUACAGGACCAACAGAUCACAGUUACUUCGACAGCUACCCUCCAGAUGAUGACAGUCCUCCUGAUGAGCUGUCUGGUUGGGACAUGGACUUCUGAGGACUUCUCCAUCUUUCCAACAUUUUCCUUCCACUGCACACAUUAACAACUAAAAUCUAACAGCAAAAGUGGACUUACAGGUGACUUUACAUCACCUCAGCCAUGGUUUAGCAGCUUUAUGAUUGUCACAGAUUGACAGAUAAUUGAAAAUGGGAUAUUACCAAAAGGUAAACCCGUAUUGCUCCUGCAUCUCCAUACAAUAUGUGCACAUUUGAAUGGAAGCCUUCAAAGGUGUAAAGGUUUACUGCUUGACUUUUCUUUUACUCUCUGUUUCACACUAUUUUUGACAAAGAUGUCGAGAAAAAUCGAAGCGAUUCAGAACAGUUUUAAGCUGCUCCAACAGCCGCGUCAGCGUUCAACAUUCGAACAAAACUGGAUGUGAAAUGCACAAGCUUUUACCUCAGAGGAGUCGGGCCACCACCAAGACAUUUGCCAGAAGCAGAUUAAGAACAUUACCAGAAAGGAUUUUAUUAAUGCCAACAAAACAGGAGGUUCUGGUUAAUGGUGCUCAGUGUCACAUUAAUUAGCAUGAAGCUGCCUAGCUUGACAUACAGGAUUAAUGUAUUAAUCGUUAACCCAGACAAAACUUCAGAUGUAGCCCCGUUAUGCAACAAAAAAAGAAAGAUUUCUAAUAUUUGUGUUGAAUCACACUAAGUCAGGUAAGUUAACACUCCUCAGCUGGCUAAUGUUAGUGGGCUAAGAGGACACUCAGGGCUACUGUGGCUGCACAGAAUCAACUAGCUCAAUUUGUGGUAUUACUGUGGAAUAUAACAGGUUCUCAUAGUUAGAAUAAGUAAGGUUAGCAUCACAGUAGGAUAAAAAUUCUUUCUAUACCUUCUAUAUGACGUACACUCAUCAGCAACUGGGAGUCACAAGCCAUAUUAUCAGUUCAACACCUCGUGCAGCCGCAGACACUCAGUUACAAAAAUGCCACACAAACGGCCUAAUCGGCUCACUGCAGAGUUAAACAGCUCGUUAUGAAACCGUCAGCCUGGAACCGGGUAUUGGGAUACACUAGGAGUCAAUAAUAACGCUAUUAUAAACAUUAAUGAGCUUCUCUAUAAUCUGCUGCUGAUAUGUGCUGCACCAGGGUGGUGUGCUGGAUAAACACCUCCACCCCAUAUUCAAUUAAAAUGUUUAUUUUUAUUUAUAUAGGCCCGGUUCACAACAGUUGUCAUCUCAAGACUCAUUACAUUAUAAGCUAAAGACCCUACAGUAUUACGGAGAGAACCUCAAAGAUCACAUGAGGUAGAGAAGCAGAACCAGCCUCAGGGAGGGGCAGGAAACUAACCAAAACUACAGGAGAGUUGAUCCCAUGCAAUAGGGCGAUAUAAACACAUGGGAAGUGAUAACAGCCAGCACUGUGACUGGGGGAUAAACUCCUCCAUGUAACUGUCCCCUUGUGGAAGUUUGAGCCCCUCUGUAAAGCACAGUAACCCUGUGAGUUAUUUUAGAGCUGGUGAAAGCGAACCUGCACUUUAACCAAUCCUGAACGUGCACUGUUUUCUUAAAAACAUCUCCCAGUGGCAAUGUGGGCAUUUCAGGGUAGCUUUCCAGUUGGUAAUGCCCACAAAAAACAGUAAAAACUAAAUUUAUUGUGCUAACAUCACAUUAGAGUAACUACAGACAUGCAGAAAUUACAGAAAUGAUUCACUGUCGUGUUUGUAGUUUUAGAUUUCCUGAAGUUAUUGGGUACAGCUCAAGCUUUUUUAAGUUUGCCCUCAGGCACAGUACAUUUUAUGGAUGGUCCAGAAACACUCGGAUGGUGUCAUCGAGCUUCAUAACCGAUUGCUUUGGAGGGACCAAGAGUUUAUUCAGCUCAGCAUUCUUUGCCAUACGUCAUACUAUUCUUAUUUUCAAUUCCCUAAUUGCUCUUUUACUUCAGAAACAUCGAUGCGGCCUUUAUUUCUAACAGCUAAAGGGAAUUUGAGGAGAUGACACUGCGUUGAAAACCAACACACGCUGGAUAUGUACCCCAACAGAAACAUCCAUGAAGCAUCUGUAGCUCCUUGUGCCAACUGUGUUAUCCUCACAGCCUCUUCACUUUUGUCACAGAUGACAAACAAAGACAGGAACACCUUCUCUCCACUUGAAUCAUAAAGUGUGAGCGUCUCGCGGUGGGCUUCCUGAGCCGGAGACACGUUUGAGCCGUUGAUGAUGUGAGGAGGAACAGCAGAGGCCGAAGUGAGCAGAAUAUGUUUAGGGUUUACUGUGAGGUGAUUCUGAGGAACCUGGGGUUUAAAUUGGUGUGUUUUCCAUUUUAAACAUUUGAGGUACCACGUCUCUGUGUAUAUACACUCAAUAUAAUAAAGCACAAGCAUCCGAAAUACACAGUUUAUACAAUCUAACCUACUUGCUCCUUUAUAUAAACCUUAAAAAAAACGGGUGAGUGAAUUUGUAAAUAUCAUGUAUAUUGUAAAUGUGUCCUCUGAUUGGUGAAUGUAUGUGUGAGUUUGGAGGAGCAGUGCUGUUUCAGGACAGAGUUUUUUAACUGCAUUUACACAAUCCCUUCAAACCGAUCGGUUUAACAUUUGAACUUUUUCAUUUUAUUAGUAAAGUGGCAUUAACUCCAAUUUCCUUUGGGCUGAUCUGGAGGUUCUAGUCCACAGCAGAUAUUUCCUUUUCCUUUCAACAGCCCUAAAAGAGGUCUUACCUGUGGUUGGAUCACACUCAAAGAUGUGGGCCGUCCUACAGUGGCCCACUUGUUGCUGCAAUGGAAAACCGGAGGUGGAUUUAGACGUUGAAUUCACAAAUUCUACUGUCAUUACUGCAGAGGCAGAUCUGAUGGUAAAAGCAGAGGCAUUUUGGUUAAUGGCAGUCAGCGGAGCUCUCUCUGACAAAUGAAGCUAGUGGUCUGUGUGUGAGAGUGGAAGUUGUUUGUUUAUUUAAAUGACUCACGUCUUGCAUUGUAAUCAGAAGAUUCUCAUCACAAAAAAUGGAAAUGUAUCAUGAGUGAAAGUGCAGUUUUAUGAAGGUAAAUAUGAUGCAAAAUUCGCGGGCCUGUAAGAUAAAAUGUAGAAAACAUUUUAAGUUUUGUUUUCACUUUUAAAAAUGUUUCACACUCUUGUGUUACAUCUACAAGCUCUGACACGUUGCUACAUGUUUACCUUCGUACAGUUUAGGCCAGCAAGCCCACGGGGUGUGAUCAUAAAGUUAUGAGAAUGGAUCAAUAAAAGUUUGAUCCAUUCUCACCUUGUUGUGCAACUUUGGACCAUUUUCAGCAUGGCUGCUAUUCUCUCAGAGGAAGUCCCAUUAUGUACUUGUACCUCUGGUAUGUGCUGGAUUUAUUCCACUGCGUCAAAAUGGUGAUUCCUCAACCUUUCAGUGGGUGUGCUUCAACCUUUCAGAAAAGCAAAUCUGUCGAGUGUACUUUGCACUCAAACUGGACAGCUAAAAACCUGCUAAGCUCUACCUGCAGACCCAGCUCUCAUCAGCCGUGACAGUGCGAGAUACAAAAUCUGGGUCAGCUGGAAGCAGAAGUCUGAGGUUGGUGAGAAAUCGCAGCACGGACAGUGAAAUUUGUCAGAACUGGACAUCCGGGGAGGGAUCUAAAAAUAGCAGCCACGCUGGAAGAUGACUGAGAAGAUGACCUUAUGCGAUUGGCCAAAUAUAAAUCAGGCAAAGCUUUUAAAUAUUAUGAAUAUGUUCGAAAGUUCUUAAUCAAAUGUUAUAGUGUAAUAACAGAUAUGUGGGGAGGCAGCUAAAUAGCUGGACUUUAACACUUUAAAGUGGUUGAAGACAAAGUGAUUGAACUUAACUGGACUGCUAAUCAGCACACAUAAUGUGCUACACUGUAUCUAUACCUGCCUUUGUCUGACGCAAUCCUGAAAAAAUAUAUAUACACUGUAUAUGAACAAAAAGUAAAUAAUCUAAUAAAAAGGGACAAACAUCCCUGUACAUACAGAUAUACCUUUGAAUUUUGGUACUUGUACCUUGUACCUCAGAAACAGAUUUUGUGUUAUUUUCAGGAGGUACAGAGGGAGAAAAUACAUGAACUUUAAGUAUUUUUCUUUUGUUUUGUUUUAAAAUGGGAUACAGCAUUUCAUAACCAAAGGUGGACAA